CCGGCCGCCCAGAAAUAAAUCAGCAGAAGCAACAAAACAAAGUUUCAAAUCUCAAAACAUCUUGGACAUACCAAAUUCGUUCCACCCAAAACCUGCUAGAGUGUCGUGUUUCCCAAAAUUGCUCCCAUUACCAGUCAUUAACUCAAACCCACCCUACCAUGCCGUUAGGUUCAGGAGGAUUCUUUCCCAAGAAGAGCGAGCCGCCCGCCGAAACAAUUCGCUGCCAGAAAUGUCUCCAAUUUGGCCAUUGGACCUACGAAUGUAAGAAUGAGCGCAAGUACCUUCACCGGGAUUCCAGGACAGUGACUCUCAACAGGAAAUUGAAAGAGGGUGAACAGAGGAAAAGGAAAUUGGAAAUUAAUUCGUCUGUGGCCGACGAGCACGAGGAUGGGCCCAAGGGCGGAAAAUUGGGGAAGACAAAAAAGUCUGCCAUGAAGAGAAAAUCGAAAUCCAAGCGGAAGAAGAAACGGAAAGGUUCGGGAUCGUCGAGUUCAAGUUCUAGCUCAUCAUCCUCAAGUAGCUCCUCCUCGGAAUCAUCAUCACCCAGUUCAUCAUCAUCGUCAUCAUCAUCAUCGUCGUCUGAGUCUGAGAGCGAAGACGAAAAGGAAAAAGGGAAAAAAUCCAAAAAGAAAUGAUUCCGAACACCUUCAUGACCUCUAAAAGUAUUGGAAAAUUAAAUGCCAAUAAAAUGCUUUAUAUUCCGGUUCAA